UUGAAGUAACUGUAACCAACCCUGAUGGAAUAAUUAAACCAUAUGACAUGAGGGAUGGUAUGUUCAUUCUUUCAAUUUGCUAGUCCUUGCAUUACAACAAUUGGUUAUUUUAUUCUUGUAUAUAAUUAGAUCUUAUACUAUUUUCGCAGCCGCCCCACAUGUCCCUGAGUCCGUUAGAGUCCCAUUUUACAAGACUAUUUACACAGACAUGCUAUCUGUUGGUGAGGCAGACCUGGCAGCAAUAACAUUUCAAAUGUUAAAGGAUGUGAACAACCUUGGACAUGAUGAGGAAGCAAUUGCUGACCUGCAGUACUUUGUGCACAGAGUUGGUCUAUCUGACCUCUUUUUUAACCGCUUCAUGAUGCCAUCCCACAUCCUAAGUGGUUACCAGUACAAACCUAGGGGCAUAGCUGUAUACUCAAGCAGGGUUAUGGAUGAUGAAAUAUCUGGACAGUAUAUUCUGCACCGUGGCAACCAGAAUGAGGUGGAAUUUCGGAUGAACCACGAACAAAUGAGCUAUAUCUGCAGAGAAAACUACAUCAAGAAAGGUUCACUGAUUCUUAUUAGGGUUGAUAAGUGGGAGGACAGCAUUCACCUCUUUCUGGAGAAGAUUGACGACUGAAUGAAGCAGUAAGACUGCUGUUGCUGUUGGUUGUCAGGAUUAGGUUGUUACGGAUUAGGUAGUAAGACUGAUGUUGCUGCAUGUUGUUGUUUAUCUCGUAAGACUGUU